GUUGGUGUGAAUGAUACUCCAACCAAACAAGACCACUGUCUAUGGCGAAGAAACGAAUUUCCACAGCUACCCUUUUCUUCAUCUUCAUCUCUUUCAUUGCUCUUUGUGCCAUUGUUCCUGUUUUUGCUCCUCUUCCUUCAAUAUCAUCUCGCCAGCAUCAUCAUGCCCAUCAUUCUCAUUCCAAAAAAGUACAUUCCUUUACUCUUUUUCCACCGCUGUUUCUCUCUUAGUUUCUGGGUUAAUAAGAAGUUCGAGAUUGCAAAUGAUAUGUUUUGGAAAGAUGGUGAACCUUUUCGGAUCAUCGGUGGUGACUUGCAUUAUUUUCGAGUGCAUCCUGAGUAUUGGGAAGAUAGAUUGUUAAAAGCCAAGGCAUUGGGCUUGAACACAAUUCAGACAUAUGUUCCUUGGAAUCUGCAUGAACCAGCACCAGAAAAGCUCGUUUUUGAGGGUAUUGCAAAUAUAGAAUCAUUCCUCAACCUUUGUCACAAACUCGAUCUCCUCGUGAUGGUUCGACCCGGACCAUAUAUAUGUGCAGAGUGGGACUGGGGUGGUAUCCCAAGUUGGUUAUUUUCCAGGAAUCCAACCCCAAAACCAAGAUCAUCUGAUCCUGCUUUUCUUAAACUGGUUGAAAGAUGGUGGGGCAAACUGCUUCCAAAAUUAGUUCCUCUCCUAUAUGACAACGGAGGCCCUAUAAUAAUGGUUCAGAUUGAGAAUGAGUAUGGUUCUUAUGGAGACGACAAAGCAUAUCUCCAUCACCUGAUCACACUAGCUAGAGGUCAUCUUGGGCAGGAUGCCAUUUUAUACACUACAGAUGGAGGGUCCAGGGAAAAUCUUGAGAAAGGAACUAUUCGUGGAGAUACUGUCUUUUCAGCUGUUGACUUCACUACUGGUGAUGAUCCUUGGCCUAUAUUCAAGUUACAGAAGGAGUUCAAUGCCCCAGGAAAAUCGCCACCUUUGUCAUCCGAAUUUUACACUGGGUGGCUUACACAUUGGGGAGAGAAAAAUGCUAAGACCGAUGCUGAUUCCACAGCAGCUGCUCUUGAAGAAAUUUUGAGAAAAAAUGGGUCUGCCGUCCUAUACAUGGCGCAUGGUGGUUCAAACUUUGGAUUUUAUAAUGGAGCAAAUACCGGUGCAAACGAGGCUGACUAUAAACCUGAUCUCACUUCAUAUGAUUAUGAUGCCCCGAUCAGGGAAGCUGGUGAUGUUGACAAUUCAAAAUUCAAUGCAAUUCGGAGGGUUAUAUCCCGAUAUAGCUCUGCACCUCUUCCUUCUAUUCCCUCUUAUAAUGAAAAGACAACAUAUGGACCAAUCCACUUGCAAAGACGAUCUUCUUUAUUUGAUAUAUUUGAUUUCACCAAUUCCUCCAGCUCCUUUGAAUCAGAAAAUCCAAUGUCAAUGGAGAAUGUGGGCCAGUUUUUUGGUUUCUUAUUGUAUGUCACUGAUUACGAAGCAAGGAGAGGGGGAAGAAAUUUGUCCAUACCAAAGGUGCAUGAUAGAGCUCAAGUAUUUAUCUCAUGUUCUUCUAAAGGAAGGGGUACAAGGCCAACUUAUGUUGGUACUGUCGAAAGAUGGUUGAAUAAAAAACUCAGCCUCCCUGAAUAUCAAUGCCAUUCUAAGAUCAACUUAUAUAUCUUGGUUGAAAACAUGGGACGUGUAAAUUAUGGGCCUUUCAUCUUCGAUAGGAAGGGUAUUCUGUCUUCUGUUUAUCUGGAUGGGAAUAGAGUACAAGGUUGGAAAAUGUUCCCUAUUCCUUUGCACAAUCUAAACGAAGUGCCAAAUUACAAUCGCAUAAUGCAAGCUUCAUAUUCUGCAUUCGGUGAAAUAUCAACCUCCAGGAAAAGGUUGAUGAAUAAGUCUGAGAAUACUUCAAAAGAACCUGCUUUUUAUUCUGGACACUUCUUAAUUGAUAAAACAAGUCAGGUCAAGGAUACAUUUUUGUCAUUCAGAAAUUGGGGGAAAGGCGUUGUGUUUGUUAAUGACUUCAAUCUAGGAAGAUAUUGGCCGUUGAGAGGACCACAGUGCAACCUCUACGUUCCUGCUCCAGUCCUUAAGCAAGGAGAUAAUUUUGUGGUAAUAUUCGAGUUGGAAUCUCCAGACCCCAAUCUUUUGGUGCACUCGGUUGAUGAGCCAGACUACACAUGUGGCUUUAAUGGGAUGAACAUACAUCAGUUGUAAUAUGAUGUCAUAAAAAUGUGCUUGACCUUUGAAAACAUGGGAGUGAAGAUGCAGGUUUAGAGUGCACCUGUACGGCUAUUGUUACAAACCCAGUUACAAUCAUCGUUGUUAUGUUUGUAAGGCAACACGUGAAGCACAAUUUCAUGACAACAUUGAUUCAAUUGUUUUUUAUCAGGCUUACCAAAGAAUUGUGGUGUGUAUGUCAUAACAUUAAUAUUUACUAGUAGUUGAUAACUUUCGAAUACGAUGAUAUCUAUAAUUAGUGUGUCUGCGAAGUAGUAUUUUGACGGUGACAUCCUACGAUACAUGUAAUGCUAUGGAACCCACUUGGGUUGGCCUAGUGGUAUUGGCUUGGAACCUGGGAGUGUGCUCCUCCUCAAAGGUCUCAGGUUCGAUUCUCUCUGGUGCCAAUUUGAUGGGGUUAGUUUAGCUUCUUAAAAAAAACAUGUAAUGCUAUGGUGUGGAGCGUUGAAUUGAUGUGCAUUUUAUUGCAAGCCUAUGUUUAGUCAGUAGUUUAUGGUUAUGUUGCUAUAUGAUUUAGCAGAAUUUGUUA